CCCCGCCCCCGGGCGCUCUCGGAUGGACCAAUCAGGGCCUCCUGCCUUCCUUCUCCACGGUUGGGCAGGAACGGCUCUGGGCUGAGGAGCGAAGGGGCGCAGACGGCGCCCUGGGCGGGGAGGCUCCUCCUCUCUCCUCCCGCGGAGAAGCCAUGGCUCUCCUGGGCCGCCUGGGAGCCCUCCUGCAACGGGCCGUGGAGACGGAGGAGCCGCGCCUGGACCUCCCGGUCGCCUUCACGGACCACUGGAAGGGCAUCACCCAGUAUUACUUGGAGACCACCGAUGAAAACAAGCCAGCAAAAGAGACGGACAUCCCCUGGCGCUUGAAACAGAUGCUAGAUAUCCUAGCGUACGAGGAGAAGAAGCAGCCAUCGGGGGAGACAGGGCCCUGUUUGGAGUACUUGCUUCAGCACAAAAUCCUGGAGACCCUCAGCACUCUGGCAAAAGCAGAGUAUCCCACGGGGAUGAGGUCUCACGUGCUCCUAUUCUUCAGCCGCUUGCUGGGACAAAUGCAGUGCCCUCUGCUGCAUUACCUGAACGUGUACAGGCCUGUCCAGAAACUCCUCCACCUUGGGAACGACGCGCUAGGCUCUGAGCCUGAGAAGGAAAUGAUGCAGCUUGUUGCUGCCCUGUGUACCAAGAUCAAACAGGAUCCGGCCCUGCUGCCCUACGUCCUAGAGGGCAAGAAUGUGGCGAGUGGGCAGAAAGUGGAUCCGGCCUUCCAACCUCAGGGAGCAACAGCAGAGCCUGCCUUGGACCCUGCCCGGACCCUGCCCACCCCUGUAGAGCAGGACAGAAGACUGUGCCCAGAGGAAACUUCCUGCGAGGUGCGGCUUGUGGAACCAGCCUCCUCUUCCCCAAACCUGGUGACCUCCCUGAUCAGCUUGUGCAAGAGCGAGAAGAGGAAGGUUGCCCUCAAAGCUCAGGAGAACCUUCUGCUGCUAACCAGCAUCGACCAUCAAGCAGCUGCCCUGGCUCUGGCGCGAGACAGCAGGCUUUGCCCCCUGGUGGCUGACCACCUCUGCACGCUGUGCGGUGCCAUCCCAGCCACUGUCAACCCUGCCGAUGUCACCACGCUUCAGCCGGUCAGCUGGAGGCUUCAGGGCAGCUGCGUUGAGGAGAACACCUUCCCAGGCCAGGCCAGCCUGGAGGCUUUCUUUGCCUGGCUCGAUCUCUGUGAUUGCCUAGCGAAAGAGGCCCACCCGGUUGUGGCAGGUGCCGUAAGUGAGACGGUGGCUCAGAGGUUCUUCCAGGGAGUCCUGCAGUCCCAGCUCCUGCAAAUGUCAGAACGCGGCAUCCUUCUCUCGACAGCUGUCCUGACUGCCUUGGUAAGACACAUCCGCUCUCCUGCGCUCCUCCAGGAAUUGGUUGGGUUUGUGCUGGGAACCAAGGAAGGACCCGCAGUGGCCAAGGAUGCAGGCCACCAGCCGCAACACCACCUCUGCUCCCAAUUGAUUGAGCGCUGCAACCACUUGUCUGACGAGAUCAGUAUGGCCACCUUGAGGCUGUUUGAGGAGCUGCUGUGGCUUCCGGAUCGACGUGUCAUGCAUCGCCUGGUCCUGGACCAUCUGGAGGAGCGCAGCUACCUCCUGAGAAGCCCACCUGGGCAGGAGGAGUCCCUUGCUCGUGAGCAAGAGCCCUGCGAAGAUGGGCUAGAACUGGAGGAGGAUCCCUACUUCAUAGACGGGUUCCCAGGCACCAGCUUCCAGGUCUCUACCAAGCCGGGCGUCCCUGCCCCAAAGCAGCAAGCCCAGCCGGAGGACGUGAAGGAGGUGGUCAGCAGCUUCCUCUGCCUGGUUCCCAGUGAAGCAAAGACCUCUGCCUACCUGGAAGAGGCCGGGUAUGACACCUAUGUCCACGAUGCCAGUGUGCUGUUCCAGGAAUGUUGUACCAAGGCAUCUUGCUGGCACUGGCCGAAGGCCCCUCGGCCCCUGGAGACCUGCUCUGCCAGCACCGGCUUCUACGAGGGCCGUUUCUUGGAAGUGCUCUUUGAACGGCUGAUGCGCAUCCUGGACCAGCCCUACGCAGUGAACCUGCAGGUGACGUCGGUGCUGUCCCGCCUGGCUCUCUUUCCCCACCCUCACCUCCAUGAGUACAUCCUGGAUCCCUACUUGCCUCUGGCCCCCGGCUGCAGAACCCUCUUUUCCGUCCUGAUCAGGGUGAUUGGAGACCUCAUGCAAAGGAUCCACCGGAUACCAAACUUCCCCACCAACUUGCUGAUGGUCCGGAGGGGGCUGAUGGGGCUGGUCCCUGCUGAAGAACAACAGAUCGGCCAUCGUACCCUCCUGGAGGGGGUGGUUGUCCUCGAAGAAUUCUGCAAGGAGCUGGCGGCCAUCGUCUUCGUCAAGUCCAUGCGCGAGGUCCCCGCCUGACGUUCCAAGGAGCGCGCUGCCCCUUUUGGAUCCCACACUUCUCAAGGGAUGGAUGCACAGCUGGGGUCUGGCAAGGGCAUUUGCGGCAACCCUAGAGGCCCUUUGCAGCCUCGUAAGAACCGGGCCGCAGCAGUCGCCUUCAUGUGGGGAGAGCAGAGGCAAGCCCCCUGUGCUUGAAGGGCUGCCCAGGAGCCUCACGCCCAGUCCCUAGAGCAAAAGUCUCAGAAGUCAGGCUGUGACCAGGCGAGACCUAGCUCUUCCUGAGGUCGAGCGUGUGGUUCCUCACAAAGCCAGAAGUCCUCUGCCUUCUCCCUCAGAAGUCUCUCGCCGUGGCAGAUCCAGUUGUGAUUUCAGAGCAACAUGGCUCCCUUUCUCCCUGCAGGAGCCUGGAGCCGGCAUGUGGCACCUCAGGGCAGUCUGGUACGGAAGACACUAAAAGCUCCUCCUGGACUUUCUGGGUUUUUAAUCUCUGGCUUGUUUUAUUUAAUGUUUGCCCAAUGGGAAAGUGGGGCGGGCAGGGUGACCGAAAGCUGCUUUGUGAAAGGAAGAAUCUUCCUACUAUCCAUGGCUGGGCGUUAGGCGUUGUGGGGCCUCCUGCCUCGAUUCUGACCUUCUCUGCAGGCCUCAAAGGCCAGGCCAAAGAGGGGGAGACACUAUUUGCUCCUAACCACAGCAGACGUUGUUUUCUUCUGCUCCUUUCCGGAUUGAUCUGUCCAGUCUCAACUCCUCAGGAAAAGAGCCCUUUCCCUUUCAUUUUUACUUUCAAUUCUAACAGAGUUUCUGCUAGCCUUCCUCUCAUCAGCUGCAACUUAACCCCUUCCCAGAGAGCCUCUCUCAACGAUGGUUCCCCAGGUGGCGUUGGACUACAGCUCUCCUCAUCCUUAGCUUGCAGGACCAGUUGUCAGGGAUGAUGGGAGUUGUAGUCCAAUAGCACCUGGAGACCCAAGGUUGAGAGAGAGGCUAGGUCACAGGGUGGAAGAGGACCUGGGAGGCCAGGGUCCGAAUCCCCACUCAGCCAUCAUGAAACUCACUGGGUGCGAUCUUAAGGCAGUCACUGCCUCUCGGCCUCUCAGGGUUGUUGUGGUUGGGAUUGAAUGAGGAGGGAGAGAAGAACCACCAAGCCUGGAGCGCCUUGGAGGAAAAGGUGAGCUAUUCAUUUCAAUACGCAAUACGUAAAUAAAUGCCACCACCAGCAGCCCUGGCUGGGGCAGGCUCCACCCACCAUGGCCAGGCACAGCGUCCAGUCCGUUGUGGGUCUAAAGACUCUUUUCAAAGUGCAAUACUGCCCCCCUCUCCGUAAGCUGGGACGCACUUUGGUGUCUCCACACUGCAGCUACAGGUUCUCUGCUUCUACCCUGAUCGGUUUCUUACUCGUGCCUUGAAAUAAAUAAUCUGUGGUAAA